AUGAAGACCCCUCUAAGUGGUUCUAAACCAAAAAAACCGUAUUACCUCAAGGAUUAUUUUCAAUUUAUACUGCCUUAUGUAAAAGCAGUAAAUACUUCCGAAAAUAAUGGCAAUGUCCCAGAACCUAUUCCUGAUGAAGACAGUAGUUGUGAAAAUCUAGCAACAGAAGACUCACCUUCAAAUGAAAAUUUUAAUGAAAAUUCUCGGAAUGACGACUUUAAUUUAACAGAAGAAACAAAUCGACCUGCAUCAUUAGCAAAACAGAAAACAAUACAACAUUUAUCAGCGACGCCAGCAUCUACCUCAAUGAGUACCGUUCGAUGUCGUAAACGUUACAACACAGAAGGUGAGCAAACAUUUGUCAACUACUUAAAAGCAAAAACAAGAAAGGUUCAAGAUGUGAAGAACUCUGAAAAUAAAGAAAAAAUCAGCCACAUGCAUCACUUCUUACUAAGCAUGCUACCUGACCUGGAAAGUAUGACAGAAGAACAACAAAGGAAAUUUAAAAUCAAAGUAAUGAUCCUUGUUGAUGAAAUAAAAUCGCAAAAUGUUCAACCUACAUUCAAUCCAUCCUCCUCAUCUUUAUUCGAAAGACCAUCUACCAGCCACUCUGUACUAACACCUUUAGUGUCUCCUGAUCGACCGAUUCACUCUCCAGAAGAUUAUUAUUACAAUGAAAUUCCGACAGCGCAAUCAGGCAUUAAAGACCAACGGAUAUGCUCAAUAUCCCAGAGUAGAGCCGGGUUCUCCAAGCUCUGGAAAACGAAAAGAAGAGGUCUUGUAGAAAAGACCAAACUAGGCACCAAAACAAUAAAGGUUCCGAUUAAACAGGUCACAGAUGUAAAUAGCUCCGCACGUGCGGGGUUCAGGUUUUCCGAACUUCAACUGGUUAACGGAGGUAAGAAUCUUGCUGGAAUUCGAACCUUAAAAAUGCCACUAACCACAACUCAGCUCGAAGAAUCGUUUUCUAGCAGCGAAGAGAGCAUCAAAAGACUGCUUACUAGCAUCCUCAACUUAAACAUUCAGCAAGAAACCAGCGAAAAAUGCAUCACUAAUGUAAUAAAUAAACUCCUAUCUACCGCAAAAAAUCGUAAACAAGGUCUCGAGUAUUUAAACCUGCUGAUACACAGUUGCAGUGCCUCCGCUAUCAGUGAAUAUGCCCUCAGUUGGGUUAAUCAUUGCAUUAUUAAGUUUCCCGAUGACAUCUUGAGAGAGUUGAAACUGAAGACCUUGAGUAAAAUUAUUGAGGCAUCACACAAUGAGUCUGAUUUUAACAAGAAGUUUGUUGCCGAGCACAUUUCAAAAGUAUUGGACAAUUGUCUGACCACCUCCUCUAUAAAUUCUUUUGAGUGCAAAGCAGCUUUGGAAUUGAUGGUAAUCUGUAUGGAAUAUUAUCCGAGUUGGUUUGGACCACAUAGGCAAAAAAUCGAGGGAUUUAUCACUGUUCACUUUGAUAGUAGAGAUCCUCAACUCGUUCAGGUUGCCUCAUUAGCUUUUCAUCAUUUACAGCAGACUGGAGGAGCUGGUACAAAUGGUAUAAACCACAGACAAAAUUUCACCAAGUCAUUUCACAAGCUGUGCAAAACCUUACAUAAUCUCUAUGACAAAUUUUUCGAGAGAGAAAGAGAAUUAUUUCAAGUUGAUACUCCUGAUUGUGAAUCGUUUGAUUUCCAGGAUGAUCCUGGUUGGAAUUCCCUAAAAGUUCUUGAUGUCACUGCUCAAAGAAUCAAGAAUGUUUUUAAGUUUUUGGAAACGAUGAUAAGAAUUAAAUAUCCUGUUGCUAAAGAAACAAAUCCAAAAUAUCUCCUGGAUGUGAUAACAAGAGCAACAUCGCUUCAUAAGUGUAUUUCUGGAAAUUCUCAACAAACCCUGGCAACUUACCAGUUUUCAUUAUUGCUUCUAGAAUUACAGGCCUAUUCACUUAAACUCCUAAGACUUACUAUAAUUUGGUACCAGUCAAUUUGCUUGCCAUUUUCCUAUAUUAUUUCCAAGACUAUUGUAGAAAGUAUUCAGAGGAGCCACAAUUGUGAUUGCUAUAAAAUUGAUUGUUUGUAUCAAGAAGCUGCUUAUAAAUGUUUCUCAGAGUGGAUGGCAGUGUCAAAAAGCUCUCUACAUCCCCAAUUUCAAGCUCAAUUAUUGGAAUGUAUUUUAACGGAUAUAACCCCAAUUAAAUCUCAAGUAACUCUGGCCAUUUCUCAGGCAAUCACUGGUAAAAAGUCUCAAAAAGCAAAGAGGAAAGCUAUGGCCAACAGGAUUAUUAAUAGUGGCCAGAGUAGUAAAAAUGAGUCUUCAAACAUAUUUGAAAAAUCUGUUGAAAUAUCCACUUGCAAAUUUGCACUUACCGCCUUAAGAAAUUUCCUAGAAUGCACCAAUCUGAACAUCAAAACAGAUCUUAUUAAGGAUCUUUAUAAGUCGGUUUUCAACUCCCUUAUAAGCAUCCAAACGGGCAGAACUCAACAUCCCUACACAGACCAACAAUGUCAAGCAAAACUAUAUGAAGUCCUUGUGGCUCUUUAUGACCAAACGAGUGUUGCAGCAUUACCACCCCUGCAAACUACCAUAGAUAUCCUAAAUAGGGGCCUAAAUGGUAAAAAUGUUUUAAUAAGGGAUACAUGUCAAAGGGGUUUGAGGUUGAUUGAGAGUAUUUGUCAACCAGUUUUUCCCUCAUUGUGUCUUGGAGUUGAAAGGGAGGAAAAUGAGGAGAAAUCUGGAGGCGUUGAAAAAGAAUUUAUUGUUUUGGAAGAGAUUCCUGACGAUGCGGAGAAGAAUAGUGUCGAUUUUGAUGCCUCCACUAUUGAUUUAAAUGAUGAGAGUAGUGAGCAACCGGGAUGUUCGUACAGAGUGAAUUUACCUGAAACUGAUCAGUCUUCCAUGGGGGAUAGGCAAAGUGAAAAAGAUUGUCGUCUGGGAGAUUAUGAGUUUGAAGAAUUGGGCUCGGUGACUUCGAGUAAGCGCGGCGAUGAUGUUGAAUUUGAUGGACGUGUUUUUGUUACAACACCUGAUGCAGAUGUUGAAAGUGUUAAUAGAAAUUUAAAUGGCUCAGGAGGUGUUAUACAUGAGGUUUCUUUGGAGACAAUAGAUGAAGAGGAGGUGGAGGAGUCACAUGAGGUUGAGAAAAAUGAGAGCGAGACAAUUCCUCAAGAAUCUAAAACCGACGAACCUCCAAUUGAACCCGAUAGUUCCCAAAUGGAAUUAGAAAUUAUAACGAUCGAUGAUGAUGUUGAUACUUUACCAGAACCAGAAGUUUCCGUUAGUACUGAAGAGAAAAUGGAGAGUGAAACCAUCAAAAGACCGAGAAACAACGAAGAGGAACCAACAGUUGACAGCAGUGGCCAAACGGACAUUCCAAAACCUGAUCAAGUCGAACCCGAAUCACCUGAAGAAGUUGCUACGGAAGAACCGGAUUCGAAAAAACAAAAAGUUGAUGAAAGUGCCUCCCAAGUGGAAAAGGGUGAAAAUGAUCCAGACGAUAGUUAUUUGGAAGAUGAUUCGUUUGUCGAUGAGGUAAAAGAUUAUUAAAUGGAAUAUGUUGAUGGUUUAAUAUAAAUAUUCCAAAAAA